AUGGCGUCAAGGAUCGGCCCGCGCACCGUUAAGGAUGCUACGAGAUUCACCUCGACGAUACCGCACGCCACAUCAAAGACGGCCGCGCCAGUAUCUCCCUCCGUCAGUGCCGCGACACCCAGACCUUCGAGAGUUCCCGGCGAGACGCCCGAGCAGCGCGUCAAGCGACUGCGCCUCGCGCACCUCGCCGCGCAAAAGGCCCAGAUCAGUCAGACGGACCGCAUCGUCGACGCCUCCCGACGACUUCUCGACGUGGCUCACCGCUGGACCAUAGGCGGCAUUGUCGUCUUUACUGCUGUUGCCGGCGUUGUCAGCAUAUACUCGGUAUGGGAUAUGCUGCGAUAUAAUCGCGCCCGCCGCGCCGAGUGGGCCGAAGCCCAGAAGAAACUCGAGUCGGACGAGCUCGCCACCGCGCGCCUGGCGUACCUCAAGGGCACGGCGACCGAGGACCAGAUUGCGCUCGUCGAGGCGGCCAACCGCGAGGCCGAGGAAAAGGGCAUCCGCCUGCCACCCCUCAUCGCGCCCCCCGAGCACCGCACGCAUUUCGAGGAGCACCUCAAGCCCACGCUGCAGGGCGACGGCGGCAGCGGUGGCAAGGAGCCCGCUGCUGGAAAGGGCGUGUUUGGCGUGCUCUCCGGCGUUUUUGGCAGCGGUGACGGUGGCAAGGAGGAGUCACCCGCUACUGGGGCUGUUCAAGCUGCGGCCCAGCAAGUAGAGGCUGUCGAGUCCACGACCAACAGCGCAUGGGACAGGGAGCUGGAGAACCAGCGCAAGGGAGGCAGCCUGGAUCAGCUGGGUCUCGCGGGUGCUUCCGGCGAGCAGACUUCUACUAAGAAAGGAUGGUGGCCUUGUCGAGAGGCCGAUAUGUAUAUGGGUCGAGCAUUAGACGGCGUCAUGGAGUCUUUUUUGAACGCUCUGCUAAUGGGCCCAGAUUGA